AUGGCGGACAACAACAAGGGGCGCGCAAGGGAGGUGGACGCACCGGCGGCGGAUGGCGACCAUGGUGAGAGGGAAGGGGAGAGGGGGAAGAUGAAGAAGAAAGAGUUAGGGGAAAUGAGAGAUGAUGCUUAUCCACCUUUCUUUUCGACCAUUUGGGACGAGUUUGUCGCAUUUAACCAAAUACCGAUUCUCAGGCAAGAGCUGAUCACUCGAAACCGCUUGCCAAAAUUACUGUACCCAGCCAGAUCUAGAGAGACUGAGAGAGUGACAUGGCUACUGGAGCAGCAGCAGCGCGCUACCAGCAGCUCUUGGUCGUCCAUGCGCGCGCACGACCACGUCCUCUCUUCGAGGCCGUGGUCACCGGUGGCCGACAUCCUGUUCUACGGCGCCAGGAGCGUCGGCUUCGCGCCCUACGGCGACGAGUGGCGGCGGUCCAGGAAGGUGGUCGCCGCGCGCAUGCUCAGCGCCAGGAAGGUGGAGUCCUUCCGCCGUGGCCCCCUGGAGGAGGUGCGCGUCGUCCUCGCCAAGAUCCGCGAGGCCGCCGCGGCGAGCGCGGACGACGGCACCGGCACCGGCACGGCGGUGGACGUGAGCGAGCUGGUGAGCGCGUACGCCAACGACGUGGUCCUUGGAGAGUCGCACCGGGCGGGAGGGUGUAAUAGGAUGCUGAUGGAGCUGGUCAACAUGAACGUCGCCCUGCUUGGGGGGUUCAACCUGGAGGACUACUUCCCGAGGUUGACGAGGAUGGAGCUGCUCAGGAGUCAGGAGGCUCAUCUGUGCACAGGCCGAGAGGGUCCACAGGAGGCACAGCAAGAUCAGAGCAGUAGCGAUACUACUACUACUGAAGACUUGAUACAUGUUUUGCUGGCUGCAGAGGAGGAAUAUGGUCUCACCAGGGGCAACGUCAAGGCGCUCUUAAUGGAGACGUUUCAAGCGAGGAGCAUAGAAUCAUCAUAUCUGGUGCUGGACUACGCCAUGGCUGAGCUCAUGCUGAACAGACACGUUAUGGCCAGACUACAAACAGAGAUAAGGACGACGACACCACUGCUUGCAUCUGCAGGAAAAAAACAAGACAUGGUGGUGAUGGAGGAGCACCUCAGCAAAAUGCCAUACCUAAAGGCAGUUGUCAAGGAGACGCUGCGGCUACACCCACCAGGGCCACUCCUUAUCCCACGCCUCUCGACCACAGACUGCGACGUCAAUGUCUGCUGGAUCCCUGCCGGAACACGCAUCUUCGUCAACGCUUGGGCUCUCGGGAGAGACCCGGCGUCAUGGGAUAGGGCUGAGGAAUUCAUGCCCGAGAGGUUUCUCGAGCAGGAAGGUUCUGGUUCUGAAGCAGCAGCAACCCCUGAUAUGAAGGGCACGGACUUUGCGUUUCUGCCGUUUGGAGCUGGACGAAGGAUUUGCCCAGGUAUAAAUUUUGGGAUUGCGACUACUGAGAUUAUGCUAGCAAAUCUGAUGUACCAUUUCGAUUGGAAGCUUCAGAAUGAGGGUACCGGCGGAGGUGUUGUUGAUAUGUCAGAGGUGUUUGGGAUGGCACUACGCCGAAAGGAGAAGCUCUUCCUUGUCCCUACAAUUCCAGCGUCAUCAGGAUGA